UUCGCUCUAUUGACAUAUACCUGGCUCACAUUAACAUUGAAGCAACGUUUCUUACAAAAUAAAUUUUUUUUUAACCUUUGUUAAAUAUUGUAAAUUUUUGUUGCAAUUAUACUUAUAAUAUUUAAUAAUGCCAAGUGUAAAACUUUUUGUUUCUGUAAUGGUUAUCGGGCUUGCUAGUGCUGCACAGAGAAAAGUUAAGUUUCCACCAGAAGUUGCAACUGAAAUUAUUCAGGCGGCUUCACAAUGUGUCAUCGAGUCGGGAGUGAAUCCAGAGCUUUUGAUAAAGUUUGCUAAUUAUGACGGAAAAAUUAUUGAAGAUGAACAAUUCAAUAAAUUUGCUUAUUGCACUUUAGUUAAAACCGGUUAUGGCAAAAGGAAUGGACGUGUGAAAUUAGAUAAGGCUAUAGCUAUAAUGCCCAAAGACGUAGAUAAAGAUGCUGUGAGAAAAAUAAUGGAAGAAUGCAACGAAGAAACUGGGAAAGAUGCUCCACAGACAGCGUUUAAGAUAUUCAAAUGUCUAAAUGAAAAAUCACCAGUGAUAAUGACAAUGAUAUAUGUUAAAGCUGAACAAUAUCGAUCUGAAUAUAUUAGAGAUGCAUUUAUUGCUGGUAUUUCCUCACAAAAAAUUCGCCAACGUUUAUUAGAAAAUUUUGAACUCUCACUUGAUCAAGCUUUCAAUCAAGCAAUUUCACUCGAGAUGGCAGAAAUUAAUUCCCUAGCUUACAAUGGUAAUUCUUUGCCCCUUAAUUCUGCUGAUGCCGUUAUUUCAUCUAAUUCACAAAAGAAAACUCAAAUAUGUUCCCUGAACAACAACGAUGUAUCUACUGUACGAGAUAAUUUGGUUGAGUCUACUUUAGCUGCUGCUUCAAAUAAAAGAAGAUGUUUCUUCUGUGGCAGUAAUGUAAUUCAUCAGCGAAUAAAAUGUCCAGCUUUGAAUAGUACUUGUCAGAUUUGUUCUAAAAAGGGACAUUUUGCUAAUGUUUGCCGAAGUAAACAAACUAUGAAUGCUGCUGUAACAAACGAAAAUGAUACUAAUUAUUCUGUGGAGGUUGCUGCUAUAUCAGCAGCUUCUUUACCAAGUCUACAUAAGGCAACUGUACCCGUUAUUAUUAAUAAUUAUCGUGCCGAAGCUCUUAUCGAUACCGGAAGCUCGAUAAGUUUCAUAAAUGAAGAAUUGGUGCAACUCUUGAAAUUGAGACAGAAGCCUUGUCAGCAAAUUAUUACUCUAGCUUCACUUAAUCAUACAUCUCCAGUCACCUGUUACUGUAAUGUUACUAUACAAUUAUAUAAUCACUCUUACAGCAAUGCCAAGUUACUAGUUGUACGUAACUUAUGCACUGACAUUAUUUUAGGUCAUGAUUUGCUUAAAAAUCACCAUUCUUUAGAACUCCAGUUCGGAGGUCCCAGAGAUUCUUUGAAGAUAUGCAAUGUUAUGGCUGCAAAUUUACCUAACGCAACUCUAUUUUCAAAUUUGUCGCCUAAUAUCAAACCUGUGGCAAUAAAAUCAAGGCGCUAUAAUGAUGAUGACCAAAAAUUCAUUUCUGAAGAAAUUCAAAAGCUAUUAAAAGAUGGAAUUAUAGAGCCAAGUAUGUCAUCUUGGCGAGCACAAGUCCUAGUAACUGGUGGCGGUACGCAUCGAAAACGUCUUGUUAUUGACUAUUCACGAACGAUAAACAAAUUUACAGAACUUGAUGCGUAUCCAUUGCCGAACAUUGAAUUUCUUGUAUCUAAAAUUGCUCAGAAUAAAUAUUUUAGCCAAAUAGACCUUAAAAGUGCUUACCAUCAAGUGCCGAUUCUGCAAAAGGAAAGACCUUAUACAGCAUUUGAAGCAUGUGGUAAAUUAUAUCAAUUUACACGUAUACCUUUUGGAGUUACAAAUGGCGUAUCAGCAUUCCAAAGAACGAUGCAAUAUAUUAUUGAUAAUGAAAAUCUUACAGAUACUUAUGCUUACUUAGACGAUGUCACUGUUUGUGGAAAGGAUAAACUUACCCAUGAUGCUAACUUAGCCAAAUUUAUGACAGCAGUAGAAAAAUAUAAAAUUACUUUAAAUAAAGAUAAAUGCAAGUUUGGCUCUGAGUCUAUUAACUUAUUGGGUUAUACUAUAGAGAAUAACACUGUAAAGCCUGAUAAAGAGCGUCUUAAACCAUUACUUUCUAUGCCUGCACCUACAGACUUAACUUCCUUGAAGAAAAUAUUAGGUAUGUUUGCACAUUUUUCUAGAUGGAUAAACAAUUAUUCAGAGAAAAUAAGUCCUUUAAUAACGAAUAACUCAUUUCCUUUAUCACAUGAGGCAAGCGAAUCAUUUGAAAGUAUCAAGAAAGAUAUUGCAAAUGCAGCUUUGGUAGCAAUUGACGACACACAAAUGUUCACUGUCGAAACAGAUGCUUCUGAUCAUGCUUUGGCAGCAACGCUUUCGCAAAAUGGACGCCCUGUAGCAUUUUUUUCCCGAUCCUUAACAGAUUCUGAAAGAAACCAUUCGUCAAUAGAGAAGGAAGCAUCAGCGAUUGUUGAAAGUCUACGUAAAUGGCGUCAUCAUUUAAUUGGAAAAUAUUUUCUUUUAAUAACUGAUCAACAAUCUGUCUCUUUUAUGUUCAAUCAGAAGCAUACAAGUAAAAUUAAGAAUGAAAAAAUAGAGAGAUGGAGACUGGAACUGUCUUGUUUUAAAUUUGAUAUUGUCUAUCGACCUGGUAGACAAAAUAUAGUAUCAGAUACAUUAUCAAGAGUUUGUGCUAGUACAUUUUCACGUAAAAAUUUAUAUCAACUGCACAAUACUCUAUGCCAUCCAGGAAUCACAAGAAUGGCUCAUUGGGUGCGUUCUAAAAAUUUGCCUUAUUCUCUUGCAGAGAUUAAAGACAUGACUGCGAGUUGUCCUAUUUGUGCCGAGAUAAAACCUAGAUUUGCAAAUAGCAAAGGACGACUUAUCAAAGCUACUUCUCCAUUUGAAAGACUCAGUUUAGACUUUAAAGGACCGUUACCUUCGAAUACUGAAAAUAAAUAUAUAUUAACUGUUGUUGAUGAAUUCUCUCGUUUUCCAUUUGCUUACCCGUGUAAAGAUGUAUCAUCUGGAACUGUCAUAACGUGUUUAAAGGACCUCUUCUUUACUUUUGGAACGCCUCUAUAUAUUCAUUCAGAUCGUGGUGCUGGAUUUAUGUCACAAGAAUUUAAAGAUUUCCUACUAAGAAAUAAUAUUGCUUGUAGUCGAACUACACCUUACAAUCCGGAAGGAAAUGGUCAAGUUGAGCGAUUGAAUGGGACACUGUGGAGAACCAUCCAAUUAUCUUUAAGAUCCAAGAACCUUGACAUGCGAUAUUGGGAACAGGUACUACCUGUAGCAUUACAUUCCAUACGCUCCUUGUUAUGUACUGCUACGAAUGCAACUCCACAUGAUAAGUUGUUAUGUUUUCCUAGACGAUCUGGUAAUGGAAUUUCUUUACCUUCGUGGUUAAUGAUCCCUGGCCCAAUACUAUUGAAGAAAAGCGUAAGAAAAAGUAAAUAUGAUCCGCUAGUAGAAGAAGUCGAAUUGCUAGAAUCCAACCCAAAUUAUUCUUUAGUACGUUUUGCUGAUGGACGAGAGGAUACUGUAUCUAAUAGACAUCUUGCCCCAAUUAACAGAUCAGUUGGAGAUAUAGCUAAUACUGACGAAAUUGAGAACUCCGAUCGAUCUCGAACUGAUACAGAUACCGAGAGCUACAACACCACGACUGAAACCGAUAAUUUGAAUGCUGAUGGCACUGGGCCUUCAAUGGUGGUCGAUUCGUCUCAGCGGCUUAUUCUGUUGCUGUUGGCGAUAGCCACUGUUGGAUAUGCAGAACAGAGAACAGCUCUCUAUCCAGCAGAAAAAGUAGGCCAGUUUCUGGGAAUAUUCACAAAUUGCAUAUCUGAGGCCGGAGCGACCGAGGACUCAUUAAUAAAAUUGAAGGAAGUAAAAUUGAGUGACGAUAAGAACUUCAAUAAGUAUUUGUAUUGUGUUUUAGUGACCUCUGGUUACUCUGAUAAAGAUGGCCAUGUAACUGAAGAAAAAACAGUCGAAUUGUUUCCAGAAAGCGAUAGAAAAAUUGUAAAGGAGGUUAUAGAAGAAUGUAAUAAAAAUCAAGGUAUAGAGGCAGCUGAUGCAGCAUUAGCAUUUUACAAGUGCUUUAUUGAAAAAUCUCCUGUUGUCCUCGUAAUAAGACAGUAGUUAAAAUAAAGUAUUAUUUUUCAAUACUACUGUUAAUCACUAUUUUUUAAUUUUCGACACGUUUUUUUUCCAAUAAGUGAUUGUAUCUUAAUAAAUAACUAUAUUUUAGA